AUGGCUCCCUUUGUCAAACCCAGUGAAGCCGAGCUAGAACGGCGGAGAACCAUCCAAAUCAACGAUGAAACGGUAACCAACAUCAGCUCGACCGACUUCCCCGGCCACUACCCAGGCGAGGACAACAGCUGGUCCUUCGAAACCUUCAAGAACACCUUCCGCGUCGAGCACCACUACCUCACGCCCGCCGAGUCCUCCUUCUCCCUCAUCGGCGCCGACGCCGCCAUCGCCAACGCCCUCCGUCGCAUCCUCAUCUCCGAGAUCCCCACCCUCGCCAUCGAGACCGUCUACGUCUACAACAACACCUCCGUGAUCCAGGAUGAGGUCCUCUGCCACCGUCUCGGCCUGAUCCCCUUCACCGGCAGCAAGAAGGGCAUCCGCGAGUUCCUGCGCUGGCGCCGCAAGGCCGAAGACGGCACCCCGGGCCCCGUCUACGACUACAACACCGUCCAGCUCCGCCUCCAGGUCGAGUGCACCCGCAACCCGUCCGCCGCCCCGGACGAGCGGGAACCCACCAAGCUCUACCACCACGCCCACGUCUACGCCCGCGACAUCGAGUUCGUCCCCGCCGGCCGCCAGGCCGACCUCUUCCAGGCGCCCGAGGACAUCAUCCGGCCCGUGAACCCGGACAUCCUCGUCGCCAAGCUCCGCCCGGGCCAGGUCAUCGACCUGCAGAUGCACAUGCACAAGGGCGUCGGCGCCGACCACGCCAAGUUCUCCCCCGUCGCCACCGCCUCCUACCGCCUCCUCCCCACCAUCACCAUCACCCGCCCCAUCCUCGGCCGCGACGCCGACAAGUUCGCCCGCUGCUUCCCCCGCGGCGUCAUCGCCUUGGAGCGCGUUUCCGCCGCCGAGGCCAACACGCCCGGCAGCGGCUACGAGGGCCACGAGGGCGAGAAGAAGGCCGUCGUCGCCGACCCCAUGAAGGACACCGUCAGCCGCGAGUGCCUGCGCCAUCCCGAGUUCGAGGGCAAGGUCAAGCUCGGCCGUCGCCGCGACCACUUCAUCUUCUCCAUCGAGUCGACGGGCCAGUGGGACAGCGACGAGUUGCUGCUGGAGGCCAUCAAGACCAUGAAGAAGAAGUGUGAGCGGUUGGAGAAGCAGGUUAUCAACAUGGUGAGGUGA